CGCUGCGGGCCUGGCGGGGGUGAGAACUUCGCGGGGAGUCGGCGCCGGGACUUCUAUAAUCCAGGAAUGUUACUGAUGAAAUGACAUUGCAGGAGGUUAUUGCUGCACUGCAUUUCUUGGAUGAAAGCCAAACAGUUACUUUCUGUAGAGUGGGUAAAACCCCCUAAUUGCUUAUUUACAUGUGUAGAUCACUGCGUUACUGUGUUAGUCACUGUCUCUAUGUAGCAAUGACGAGGCUGGAAGAAGCAAACAGAGAAGUGAACAUGCAUUCAUCGGUCCGAUACCUUGGCUAUUUAGCCAGGAUCAACAUAUUGGUUGCUAUAUGUCUGGGCCUUUAUGUCAGGUGGGAGAAGUCUGCAGAUGCACUAAUACUGGUAAUAUUUAUUCUGGGACUUUUUGUUCUUGGAAUUGCCAGCAUACUUUAUUAUUAUUUUUCAAUGGAAGCAGCAAGUUUGAGUCUCUCCAAUCUUUGGUUUGGAUUCUUGCUUGGCCUCCUCUGUUUUCUUGAUAAUUCCUCUUUUAAAAGUGACGUGAAAGAAGAAACAACCAAAUACUUGCUCCUUACCUCCAUAGUUACAAGGAUAUUGUGUGCUUUGGUGGAGAGGAUUUGUGGCUGUGUCCAUCACCGACCAACUCUGCUGACAGCAGUUGAAUUUCUGGAGCUGGUUGGAUUUGCAAUUGCCAGCACAACUAUGCUGGUUGAAAAAUCCAUGAGUAUCAUCUUGUUGGUUGUGGCUUUGGCCAUGCUGAUUAUUGACUUGCGGAUGAAGUCUUUCUUGGCAAUUCCAAAUUUGGCAAUUUUUGGAGCUCUGGCAUCUUUAUUGUUUUUUACUUCCCUGAACAUUCCCACAAACCCAUUUGCCUUGGCCUGUUUCUUUAGUUGCCUGAUUUCAGACCCUCUUCUUGAUGUCUACUUCAGCGGACUUUCAGUUACUGAACGAUGGAAGCCCUACUUGUACCGUGGUAGAAUUUGCAGAAGGCUUUCAGUCAUCUCUGUUGGAGUAAUUGAAUUUAUCUUUUUCAUUCUAGCAGCAUUUAAAUUAGGUGACUUGGGUCUCUGGUACUUCGUUAUACCUGGGUUUUCCAUUUUUGGAAUUUUCUGGAUGAUCUGCCACAUUAUUUUUCUUAUAACUCUUUGGGGGUUUCAUACAAAAUUAAAUGACUGUCACAAAGUCUAUUAUACCCACAGGGCAGAGAAUAAUAGCCUUGACCGAGUCAUGGCUUCUAAAGGAAUGCGUCAUUUUUGUUUAAUUUCAGAGCAACUAGUAUUUUUCAGUCUCCUUGCAACUGCAGUUUUGGGUGCUGUAACUUGGCAGCCAAAGAAUGGGAUCUUCAUGAGUGUGUUUCUGAUUGUUUUACCUCUGGAGUCAAUGGCUCAUGGGCUUUUCCAUGAACUGGGGAACUGCUUGGGAGGAACAUGUGUUGGAUAUGCUGUUGUGAUUCCCACCAACUUCUGCAGUCCUGAUGGUCAACCCACGCUUCUUCCACCUGAGCAUGUGCAAGAGUUAAAUUUGAGGUCUACAGGCAUGCUCAAUACCAUCCAGAGGUUUUUUGCAUAUCACAUGAUUGAAACAUAUGGCUGUGACUAUUCUACAAGUGGACUUUCUUUUGAUACACUUCAUUCUAAGCUGAAAUCUUUUCUUGAACUUCGGACUGCAGACGGACCCAGACAUGAUACCUAUGUUUUAUAUUAUAGUGGUCACUCCCAUGGCACUGGUGAAUGGGCACUAGCAGGUGGCGAUGCAUUACGGCUUGACACGCUUUUGGAAUGGUGGAGAGAGAAGAAUGGUUCUUUUUGUUCACGACUUAUAAUUGUGUUAGACUGUGAGAACUCCCUCCCUUGGGUUAAAGAAGUAAGAAAAGUAAAUGAUCUAUAUAUUGCAGUACAAGGAGCAGAAUUUGCCAGAGUGGUAGACAUUGAGGAAGCAGACCCUCCGCAACUUGGUGACUUUACCAGAGAAUGGGUCGAAUACAACUGUAACCCUGACAGUAGCAUCAGCUGGUCUGAAAAGGGCCGUGCGGUAAAAGCAGUGUACGGUGUGUCAAAACGCUGGAGUGACUAUACUCUACAUUUGCCAACAGGAAGUGAUAUUGCCAAACACUGGAUGAUGUACUUCCCUCGUGUUACCUAUCCAUUGGUGCAUUUGGCAAACUGGUUUUGUGGUCUCAAUCUGUUCUGGGUCUGUAAGGCUUGUUUUAGAUGCUUGAAAAGAUUAAAAAUGAAUUGGUUUCUUCCCACAGUGCUGGACACAGGACAAGGCUUCAAACUUGUCAAAUCAUAAUUAAAAACCAAAGAGGAGUAAAAGUGGGAGCUCUGGGAACUUUCCCACUCUCAGAUUUGAUUGACUUGCAAUUUUUUAUAUAUAACAGUUUUCUCUGUUGAAGAAAUCUUGCUACUUCAGUAGCUAUACUCACUGUGUUCAUCUUUUUGAGCAAUUACAGUAUAUGCAAAGCGUUGGAAGCUUCAUUCUAAAAUGAGGAGGAUAAGAUUAUACUAUUUGAAUUUUGUUACUGAGUUGUAUAUAAACAUGUAAAAGAUUUAUUAAAUAUGACCAUGCACUUUGGAGACAGUUUGCAUGUUCAUAUGUGCUAAACAGAAAGCUGCCUGUGUUCAAAACCAACAAAUUACAGGCUUUAAUAAGCUAUGGCUCAUAUGAUGAUACAUGGCAAUUAUAUCCCUCUCAAACAUCAAAUACAGGAAAGGAAACAAGCCAGUGUUCAGAUCACUUUAUUAUGCCCUCACACUUCUGUGAUGGAUUUCAGAGUAUUAUAGAACA